AUGACAUAUAGGAAGCCCGUCUCGCGAGGCUUCGGACCUACUGACCCAGUCAAAAUUCAAAUAACAUUUGCACGAGAUUUUUGGAGAAUGGAGCUGAGUUUAGCAUUUACAUUUAUUUUCAUUGCUUUCCCAUCACGCUCGUGGAGUUCUUACUUGAGCAAUCAUUUUAUUUUGGAGCCAUAUGAUUUCCUUUUUGACACAGCGGUGGAAGCCUACUAUAAGGGAGACUAUCUCUCGGUAAUUCUCAACAUGGAGAAGGCUCUCCGGAACAGAGCAACAGUCCGCAAGGUAAAGGCAGACUGCCGACUCAAAUGCGCUAACCAGACCGCAUUUGAAGACCCCGUGGUCGGUCUAGGGAUCUCCAUACCCGGCGCUGGAUCUGUAGACGACCUGGCAUUUUUCUGGAAAAUUCUGAAACGCGCGGACUGUGUAAAUUCUUGCGAAACUAAAAACCUUGGUUUGCCAACUUUGCAUCAAAUCAGUGAAGAAGUGGAGUUGGAAUUCAACAAGAGGACCCCUUACAACUACUUGCAAGUCGCAUAUUUCAAGAUAAAUAAGGUGGACAAGGCUGUGGCUGCAGCCAACACAUUCUUUCAAGGAAACAAAGAUCAUGUGGAAAUGAGACAAAACCUGGACUACUACAGCACAAUGUCCGGAGUGCAGGAAGAUGACUUCAAAGAUCUUGAGUCCAGGCCACAUAUGGCAAAGUUUUUGAUGGCGAAGAGUUACUACAGCGACAACUCUUUCAGUCUGGCAGCCCAACUAUUUGAGGUGGCUGUAAAUGAGUACUUCACGGCUGAUGACGAGUGCAGAGCACUUUGUGAGGGAAGCUACAACUAUGAUGGCUACAAUUACAUGGAGUACAAUGCUGACCUCUAUCAGACAAUGACAGAUCAUUACAUUCAGGUACUGAAUUGUAAGCAGCGUUGUUCCGUGGAGCUUGCCUAUAUUUCUGCUGGUAGUGACAAGCCCUUCGAGGAUUUUCUCCCUUCGCACUUUAACUACCUACAGUUUUCCUACUACAACAGUGAAAACUAUGCUCUGGCCAUAGAGUGUGCAAAGACCUACUUACUCUUCCACCCAGACGAUGAAGUGAUGAAACAGAAUCUCGCUUAUUAUUCAGCCACGCAUGGGCUGGACAAGGCUGAGCUCAUAACAGAAAGACAGACGGUGAAGCGGUUCAUUCAGCGUUCGCUGCUAGAGAAAGAACUGAUGUACUUUGCAUAUGAGGCAUUUGGAAAAACGUUUAUUGAUCCCGACUCGUGGACUCCAAGUGAUAUUAUGCCGAAAAAAUUGAGAGACAAACAAAAGGCUGACAGAGAAACAGCUGUGAGGAUUACUGAAGAAAUUGGAAACCUAAUGAAAGAGAUUGAAACUCUGGUUGAAGAGAAAAAGAAGGAUUCCACAGAUUUGGAAAACAUGUUAAUUGCACAAGAAGGUGGAAGUCUAUUAUAUCCCAACGUCAAAUUGACCUUGACAUCCAUGGAGCUCAAUGGCACUCAACGGGUUUUGCUAGAUGGGGUCAUCUCUGAGGAUGAGUGCAAGGAGUUGCGCCUCCUUUCUAUUGCAGCUGCUUUAAAAGGUGAUGGCUACGAAGGACAACCCCACUCUGCCGGUGAAUCGUUUCAAGGAGUCACUCUUCUAAAGGCUCUUAAGCUGGUAGAAGUAGAGAAGGUUCCCCUGACGGGUGUCCGACUGUUCUUUGAUGUUAGCGAGAAGGUGAGGAAGAUUUUGGAGUCCUACUUUCGCCUGAGUUCCCCUCUCUACUUCUCCCAUUUGCAACUGGUGUGUCGAUCUGCCAUUGAGGAGAAGCAAGAAGCACAAAAAACACUGAACAAGUCUGCACAUCAUGACAACUGUCUGCUGGUCUCUGAGCUCAAUGAGUGUUUAAAGGACCCGCUAGCAUACACACAUCAAGAUUACAGUGCGAUACUUUACCUGAAUGAUGACUUUGAAGGAGGAGAUUUCAUUUUCACAGAAUUAGAUGCUAAAGUAGUCACGGCUGCAGUGCGUCCACAGUGUGGCCGAGUGGUCGGAUUUGGAACAGGAAAGGAAAACCUACAUGGUGUGAGACCUGUCAAAAAAGGACAGAGGUGGGCUGUUGCACUGUGGUUCACCUUGGAUCCACUUCAUAAGGAAAAGGAAAGAAAGCAAGUUCAGCAUAUGAUGCAGAGUCUCUCCACCACUUCGAUGAAAGACUUUAACCUAAGAGACAAAAAGCUCAGCUUAGACCACCAUCCCGUGACAACAGAACUACCCACUGACAAGGGGAAAUUAGAUCGAGAGGCUGAAGAUGUAGGGCAAAUGAACACAGCAAAAACAGCUAAGAUCAAGACAAAUCAUAUAAAAUCUAUGAAAGUAGAAGGACAACAGACGCUCGAAACAAAAGUGGGGAAGUUAAACAAGGGGAAAUCCAGUGAUGCAGUCAAAAGGGAUACUCCGUCCAUUCAGAAUGGGAAGGACGAGUUGUAA